AUGUAUGAAAAGUAUCCCCCAUCUCUUUCAAACUGUCAUAGAGAUUUCCUCCUAAGUCAACUACUUCCGUACGAUCCCAAUGUUAAGAAAAAUAAAAGAUUGAUAGAUGGUCUGAAAGAAUAUCUACUACUUACAGUUGCUGCGGAACAAGUUUUAGAACUUUCACGGAAGAAUGACAUUAACAAAUUUGAUCCACUUGUGGGAGAAAACGCCUGUCAAAUUAGAGCUGUCGAGACCGCUCUUAUCUUCUUCAAGCCCUCACAAGAAAACAGUACCGCUAUUUUACCCAAGAUACGUCAAAUUAAAUUGAAAUGUCAAAAUCUGAUUAAAGAUGUCGGUCAACUAGCUAAAGAAGGAUAUUCUUUAGCCGAUUUGUUACAAAGAGACAAUAUCGAAAUCAAGUUAAACUUCGACGAAAUUUAUCUAAUCCAAUCUUAUCUCCUUACAAAGGUGAAAAUGCCUAGACCGCCAAAGGAAGAAUAUCCUCUCAUCAAGAACGAGUAUACAGAUACGAAAAAAAUUAAAGAAAUUAGCAGUGUGGGAUCUAUGUUUGCCGACAGAUUAGUAAGCCAUUUAAGAAAAAGUCUAUCUGAGCUUUCAGUCCAGUUUGUUCAGGAGUUAACAUAUCAAAUAGACUUGGAUCAGAAUAUAAAGCGAAUGAUCUCGACAGACUAUGUAGCAAUGCAUCGCAACCUUACAUGCUUACCCUGCUUUUGGGUGAUGAAAGUAAUCAUGAAAGCUGCGCUAUUUUAUAAGAUUCCUAUAGUUAUGCACGUUCAGCUAAAGAGUAAAGAUAGAAAUUAUCAACUAGAGCACGAGAUCUUCCUCUACUUCGAAGCUACUUCAUUUGGAUAUAAGAGAGUAUCCCCAACUUGCUCAAGAAAAGAGUCUCCAGCUAUAAUUCUGCUAGGUAGUACAUGCAGAGAUUUUAAUAAACUUCCAUCAGUAAAUGAGUGGAUAGAAGAAAUAGCUACAUCAGGCCCUUUUGAUUUACUGUUAGCUUAUGCGGCAGCGCACAGACAGUAUCCUAAUGAAACAUCGGAAAGAAAAAUACGUCAAAUGAAUUUACAAGACGAAGAGUUUGAAUUAUAUCAACACAACGCUUUUGAAUAUGGAUGUAGCAUGCAAAACUCCUCUAGAUUUUUUUUAUCGCAUGCUUAUUGCGAUCGUAUUGAGAAUAUUCUCCAUCAUACUCCGAAAUUACAACUAGAACUUGACUCAAAAUAG